UGUACCGACGCCAUUUGCGCGUUUGCUGCUUGGUUGUGUUUGUAAUUCUAUGCGAGCGCUGGUUUUUCCAAAUUUUAAUCCGUUUAUAUCUGACUGAAAAUUAAGUAAAGGAAACAAAAUAGCACUAUGAGUGACAGGGAAGAUGGAUACGAUAGCAGAGAAAAGGAAGAUGCAAACUCACCUCAACGGGAACAGCAAAGCAAAAGUAGAUCUCGUUCCAGAUCACGUGGAUCGUACAACUAUCGGUCUGCUUCAAGAAGUCCUCGACGUUCUCGCUCAAGGUCACGCUCGCCUUAUGUCAGCAAGAGACGUAGUGGUCGUCGCAAGUACUCCCGUUCUUAUUCUCGAAGCCCAAAAAGGAGAUAUUCUAGAAGUCGAUCUCGAUCACCAUAUGUGCGCAGACGAAGAAGUAGGAGCACUUCACCAAUGUCGGACAGACGGCGACACAUUGGAAACAGGGAAAAUCCCCCAGAAAGCACAUGUCUUGGUAUUUUUGGUCUGAGUCUGUACACUACAGAGCGUGAUCUUCGUGAUGUCUUCAGUCGCUAUGGACCUAUUGAGAAAGUUCACGUUGUAUAUGACCAUCAGACUGGCAGAUCAAGAGGAUUUGCAUUUCUCACCUUUGAGUCGUAUGAUGAUGCUCAAGAGGCUAAAACCAGAACGAAUGGUAUGGAAGUAGAUGGCCGUAGAAUCCGGGUAGACUUCUCCAUUACCAAGAGGGCACAUACACCGACCCCUGGAAUAUACAUGGGAAAACCAACAAGGCCAAGAGAUCGUGAUUAUGGUUAUGGUCGUCGACGUUCACCUUCGCCGUAUCACAGUCGUGGAUCGCCAAGAUACAGGAGCAGAUACUCGCGUUCUAGGUCAAGAUCGUUUUCGCCUCGUCGGUACUGAGAACAAUACUAAAGAGGAAACCAUCAAUGCUGAAUCCAAUUGUGUUCAGAGUGUACAUACAACAGGUUUUGGAUAUCAAUCAGUAAUGGUCCACAUUAGAGGCACUGCUAGAUCUCAAGAGUGCAGCUGGCCUUCAAGCCCCAAAUUGCAAGUCUUAAGGGUGAGAAAAUAUGUUUUGCAUAAAAAAAUAAUGGGAUGAUGUGUGGUUUGUCUCUCUCUAGCUGUUCCUUAAAAAAAAUACUGUAAAAUAUACUAAUGUUAAUUACCUUCUUAACACGUCUUGUAAGCAGGUUUUAUAAGUGGGAAUCUUGAUGUAAACCUACAUGAAACCAGGUUUUUGAAAAGUAAUUACAAAUGUACCCAAAACAAUCCGACAACUUAAAACAUUGUUUGUUUUUCAAUAUUUAUAGUUUUGUUGUAAUUGUUGUUAUUAAUUCAUUGUUAUAAACCUAUAAGAUACAUUAAAAGUUUAAGGGGCUCGCCUAAACUUCAUUGACACAAUGUUAAAAGUAUAACAAUAUUGAAAUCCAUUGUUAUCCUAAGCCAACACUUGUUUUCAAAACCAUGUAUUUAAUUAACCAUAAUUAAAUUUCAUAGUGUAUACUGUAAGCAAGUGGAUGUGAUCUACUUUAACAGGUUUUGUUGAUGUAUUAACUUCAUGUUCUUUUGUUAGAUUUUUGGCAGCAUUUGUAUGGUGGCAGAUAAGGUUUUCUUGCAGAUAGAUGUUAGCAUGCUGAGUAUAUUAGUUACAAAAUAGUUUCUUCUGAAAUUAUAAAUAUGUGAAGUAUAUCUUCUCUCACUGUUUUCCUUUACUCCACUGCAAUGUGUCCUCACCUAGCUUAAAGAAGCCCUUUAUUGUUUAGUUAUUAUGUUUUGAAUUAUGAGUAGGAUACAACAACCUGCGUGCAAAUUGAAGUUUGGGGAAGAUAGAUAUUCAAUAUUAAGUAAACUUUUCAAUAGACGAUAGUUUAAAAUCACAUUUGGUGUACAGGACAAAUCUUGGGCUUGCUAUUGUAAAUUUGAACUUGAGUUCCAGGUUAAGAGUAGAAAUUUAGAAUAGUUAAUAACAGUAAAAAAUGUUAAUUUGGGGUUUGGUAUUUACACAGAUGCUUUCAUACCCAAGAUUUUAUCUUGCUACAUACCUGAUGGAAAACUUACUUAGUUCUGUAUUUCAUAUAUUCACUAAAGUAUAAGUUGUUAGUUGAUUGAUUGAAUCAGUUUCCCAAGAUUUUUUCUGGUAAAUGUUGUAUAAAAUUUAAAUUACUUACUGAAAUUCUUCAAAAACUGAUACGGUGACAAGUUUAAAAGAAGUACUGGUUAAAUUCUUUCUUCAAUUUAGAAACUAAAGCUUAAUUGCAUACAAUUUGGAUAAUUUAAUGAAAGUGAAAGCACAGUGUAUGUUCAUGUUUGACCUUGAUGACCUGUGAAUUUGACCUUCAUUAACAUAACUUCUUUUUAUCCUUGUAGUUAUUAAGAAUUGAAGAUUGAAGUUAUGAUGAAGAAAAUCAAGUAGCGUUAAUGAAAAGAAGUUUGAAAUUAAAAGAAGAAAAGAUGGAAGCAAUAUAAAUAAGAAAUUUGGCAGCUUCAGCAAAUUUAGAAGUGAAGUAAUUAUGAAGUUAAUUGAAGAAAGAAGCGAGUAGAAGAAAGAAGAGGGGUAAAUUGAAGUAAUAUUGAAGAAAGAAGAGAGAAAAUAGAUAAUAUAAAGAAAAUAAUUGAAUGCGCGAGUUUGAAGUGGUUGUAGCAAGAAGACAACAGAAGGUUUGCAAUGUUGUUUUUUUGAUAUGCCACGUGUUUAUUUUUUUGAUGUGCCUCUUUCCCAUGUAUGUCUGAUACAAUGUUUUUUAUUGAUUUAACUUCCAGCAAAAUAUGUACAUUUUGGAGUAUUUUACAACCAGUGUACAUGUUAAUUCUUCAUGUGUUAUUGAUUAUUAAAGAAUCAAUCUUUUUUUGCAGAACUCUGAAA